CGGAAGGACUUUGUUAUUAUUUUGUGCGGCUGAGAAACACACGUAACUCGCAGUGUGGUCCGUUUUGGUAAACCUUAAAAAAUAUGACGUCUUCAAUAAUUCUGGCUGGUUUGGGCCUGGCUGUGGUCGGGUACGGUGGACGAAUUUUGAUGCGUCAAAUGCCGAACGCAGCAUCGAAAAUGCAGGAAGCCCUCAAAAAUAUGCCGAAAUUCGACGCGGAAAUGAUGGCGAACUCGAAAUACUACCGCGGUGGAUUUGAACCAAAAAUGAGUAAACGCGAAGCGUCACUUAUUCUCGGCGUUAGUCCAUCGGCAUCGAAAUUAAAGAUAAAAGAUGCGCAUAAGAAAAUUAUGUUGUUAAACCAUCCCGACCGUGGCGGAUCACCAUAUCUGGCGGCGAAAAUCAAUGAAGCCAAGGACUUUUUGGAUAACACGAAGUAACAGAAAUGUGAAUAGAACCAUGUAUAACAAAGGUGUACAAUAUAAUUUGUAGAAUAUAAGCUA